AUGAGCAAAGUGAGAAACAUUAAGGAAGAUGCGCGAGAGAAGUUGGGGUGGGCUGAUCUUCCACAAGAUCUUCUUGAAAAAAUAACGAGACUACUUGCGUGUAUUGAUCAAAUACGCGUUAGAUCAACAUGUAGAAAUUGGACAUCUGUAGCUAUGAUUCCUCCCUUGAAACGACUUCCAUGGAUUAUGACAUCUGAUAAGCCUUGGCCCUCGUAUACCCUUUAUGACCCUUCUGACAAAAAGAGCUUCGACAUCAAGAUUGAGGAAGAUGACCCAAUUAAUCACUAUCUUAGUGUGUUUUGUGCUUCAAAAUUUGGUUGGUUAUUAGUAUACUGUUCUCCUCGAAGAAAACUUGUUUUCUUCAAUCCUUUCAAAAAGGAGGUUAUAGAAAAACUACCUGAGAUUGAUUUAAGCAUGGCCACAUUCUCAUCUCCACCAACAGAUUCAGAAUGCAUGAUCUUUGCCUUCGGUAACAGCAGUCGAAUUAGCAUUUGUGGUCUCAACGAUAUAAGUUGGAGAACUUACGAAUGGGGCCUUGGUGCUUUUGGUGAAAUUUGCAGUGCUAUCUACUCUGGAAGAAAUUUAUACUUCACGGAUACUAGAGCACUUAUGAUGUUCAACAUUGAUACAGUCGAUUUGAAAUUUCUUGCUAUUGCUAAACCAGAUGAAAAUCAUUGGAGAAAUGAUGGAUAUUUGGAUUAUAAUGAUGGUACAUAUGAUUCAUAUUUGGUUGAUUCUAAUGGAGAGAUUAUAUUAAUAUUGGUCAAGCUCAGCAAAAAAUCGAGUCGGUUUCAAAUUUUGAAGCCUGAUUUUUUGGAGAUGGAAUGGGUGGAAGUCACAAGAUUGAAAAAUCAAACAUUGUUUCUAAAUCGUGCAUCAUCUUUUGCAGUGCACUCCACCGAAAGAGAAUUGGUGGAUACAGUACACACUCUUUCCCGCGGAAAAUUGAAGUUAUAUUCCUUGAAGGCUGAUCAAAUCCAUAGUUGCUCCGAGCGCAUAAUUGAGGAAUGGGAGCUACCAAUUCCAGUUCAGUGGCCGCCAGCGAAGCCACCAGAUCGGUGGUUCAAAGGGAAAGAGGAUCUAACCUUCUCUUUGGAGGGGAGUUGGUUCGUGAAACAUUGUGGCCAGUCGCCGGCGGCGACUGUGAUUGCGUCGGAUGACUUGACCGAUGGUGGUUUUGGUGUUUGUAAUGUGGACUUUAGCGGAGAAGUGAUCGUAGAUGAUGGAUGA